UUGUUUGGUGGGAAGACAUGUUUAGCCAAGAUCGGCUAUAACUGAGACAUUCCGAACCUGAGACAAGGGAAGAAAACGGAGACAGACACACAGACAUGAAGCGCACACACAGAACCAUAAUAAUGCAAGCCUGGUUGUGUCUUACGUAGCAUUCGUGUAAGGGAAAAAAAUACAUUACACACUAGGCAGGAGAUAGGACCAAAACGAGGAAACGAACGAUGGAGAGAGCAAUAGCGGAUAUAUUUUUAAAUAAAUGAUUUGUCGGUAAGGAAUUAGUAUUUUGUAUGUUAGGCAGCUGUAUUGGCGUAACGUUUCGACGGCUGUAGUAAGUCGACAGUAUAGAACACAAUAGACCAUCUCUCACACCGUGUUUAAUUGCGGAUUAAGGGAAAUCAGACGGAGGAGGGGAAGGGAAAUAGAACAACAACCAGACGUUUAUUAUUAGCGGCGAAUAGCGAUAGAAAGGAGAGGAAGACUUGCUGGGCUAAGGUUAGGAUCGUCGCUCGAAUGAUUGUGCAGUGGAUCCCGCGACUAUGCGACGACAGUGCUGGAUGAUAGUGCUAGCGGGGAUGAUGUCGUAUUUCAACCCGGAGAGAGCCCUAGGAGCCCCGCAGAGAGAAGUCUCUCAGUCUAGGGGUGCCACCCUCUCUCCGCCACCCUACGUUGUCAUUCUCAUCUCUUGUUCUGGACUCGUUUCCUUCGUCCUGUUACUCCUGGCCUGCCUUUGCUGCAAAAGAGGAGGAGUGGGAUUCAAUGAGUUUGACAAUGCCGAAGGGGAGGAAUGUUCUGGGGCCUCCAGCCCACCCCCUGAGGACAGCCUGUCCUCCUGCCCCUCUCUGCCUGAGGUCUACACCUUGCCCCUUCGAGACAGGGCUUUAUGCCCUGCUAUACAGGACAGGACAGACCCAGAUUCUCAGUGCUUUCGAAGGCACACCUUGAACUAUCUUCAGGAGAUUGGCAAUGGCUGGUUUGGAAAGGUUAUUUUGGCAGAGGUGCUGUGUGACUGCAGUUCAUCCCAAGCUGUGGUGAAGGAGCUGAGAGUUAGUGCUAGCCCACUGGAGCAAAGGAAGUUUCUGGCUGAAUCUGAGCCUUACAGAAGCCUACAACAUCCCAACGUACUCCAGUGCCUGGGUCAGUGCAGCGAGAACAUUCCGUUUCUUCUAGUCAUGGAGUUCUGUCAGCUGGGCGAUUUAAAGAGGUAUUUAAGAGCUCAGAGAAAAUCGGAUGGUAUGACACCUGACCUUUUGACAAGGGAUCUUCUGACUCUGCAACGAAUGGCCUAUGAAAUAACCUCUGGGCUGUUACACCUUCAUGAAAAUAACUACAUUCACAGUGAUUUGGCUUUAAGGAACUGUCUUCUAACAUCAGACCUGACUGUCAGAAUAGGAGACUAUGGUUUGUCCCACAACCAUUACAAGGAGGAUUACUAUCUAACUCCAGACAAGCUCUGGAUCCCCUUGCGUUGGAUUGCCCCUGAGCUACUGGAAGAAUUUCGGGGAAGCUUGAUAGUCACUGACCAGACCAAAACCAGCAAUGUGUGGUCUCUCGGGGUGGUGAUAUGGGAACUUUUUGAGUUUGGUUCUCAGCCACACAGACAUCUCAGUGAUGAAGAAGUGUUGACCUUUGUGAUUCGAGAGAGGCAGAUAACUUUGGCACAGCCCAGACUUAAACUUUCCCAUGCUGACUACUGGUAUGAGGUCAUGCAGUCCUGUUGGCUUCCCUCAUCCCAGCGCCCAUCUGUUGCAGAAAUUUUCCUCCUCAUGUCUUCUCUGUUAGCUGCUGAACGCCGAAUGGGCAGAAGAAGUGUGGGAGAGGAGGAUGAGGAUGACGAAGUUGAGGAUGAAGAAGACGGGGGGAGAGGAAGGAGAGGGGAGAGUGAGGAGUCUUUUGAGAGGCGCUGGGACUCCCUCCGUCCUCCAGCUUUCCAAGUAGCAGCAAGUGAGAGACAAAGAGAGAGGGAAAGAGAAAGGGGGGAGGGAGGCUGCAGGGGUGCCAAUGGCAACUCCUUCCCUCUGCUUGACCCUGUAGGAAACACAAUCACUCCUUCCUCAUCUGAACUUGAUGACAUUCUAACUGUAACAGAGACGAGCAAAGGAUUGAACUUUGAGUACUUCUGGGAGAAAGCUCAUGGGAGACGUGGUUAUAAACCUCUCCCUCCACCACAGCCAAUUCCGACUGCUAAUUCCACCCACAGACAUUCUCUUGACACGCCUACUGUUGUCCCAGUGAUCAGUGCUCGCAGCCCUUCUUUAGCUAGUGAAUAUUACAUCCGCUUGGAAGAACAUACCCCCCAGGAUAAAUCCCCAACUCUUAAAGGGAAAGCGCACUCUUUGCCUGGAGCAAAAGGUCACCAUGCCCUGAGAUCAGACUCAAUGUGCACUGGCGAUUUGGAACUUGUAGAAAUUCGGAGUAAUACAGUUGGGAAGGACAGGGCUGUGUUCAGCCCUCAGGAUGAAUAUGAAAAAGGUGGCAAGUUUCUUCAGACUGUAAAGUCUUGUGAAGUUCAAGUGCUGGUCCCCAAUACUGGUUUGGUUGAGUUCAGUAAAGAGGGAUGCAAUAGGGUGACAGACUUUGCUGUAGUUGACAUUGGGGAUAAAGAGGAGGGAGUAGAAGGAGAGGUGAGGCAGAAAUUUCUGGGAUCAUCACAGGGUCCCACAGCUCCUGCUCUCCCUCCUAAGCCCUGCUCAUCCACCAAUUACCUUCACUCGCGUCCCCUCCCAGCCCCACCCCUUGGAUACCAUAGAGCUCAUGGAUUGGCCUACUACUCUAGUUCCUCCUUUCCAGUUGGAAAAGUUGAGUCUUCUGACCCUCGGCUGAUGAGCAACUGCACCACUUCAAAGGCAAAUUUUGACCAUUUAGGAAUCCAUCGCCAUCGCCAGACUCUGCCACCCUCCCCUUCCCUCUCUCCCUCUCUACCCCAGGCCUCUGUUACCCAUCCUUUGUUUCCACCACCUCAUUCCCCUCCUCCCCCUCUUCCGCCUCAUUACAAAUUCCAAAAAGGAUCAUACAGCAACUUUACUGGAGAUGGUUAUUCCACUCAAGCAAACAAACACACAGUGUAUUCACAGAGAGACCCAUUACCCUGUGAUUAUUCUCUUAGCAGAGGUAUGAGGCGUUCACAGUCUCUUCUCAAUUCCAACAAUGCGAACGAUUUCCAUUCUGAAUCAAAAGACACUGAGUCCCCUACUCACCAAGACAUAUCUUAUCCAAAAAUGACACGUUCCCAAUCCACAAUACCAAAAAUAGAGAGAGAAUGGUCCUCAAGCCCAACAUACUCAGAAGAGGAUGACUCACCAUUUUCAUCACCUGUUAAACCAUACAGUGGAACAGCUGUCAAACACAUACACCUGUCUGAUGAUUUAGAUCCUGCUACAUCUGAACUGUUCUCCAGAGGGAUGAAGAGAACUCAAUCUCGUCUUGCCACCAUUCUUCCAGCCAUUUGGAAGGAAGAUGCUGAGAUGCAGAAGGAGAGUGCGUCUGCAUCCAAAAAGUCCCCCAUGCACCUAUUUCUGACUGAGAUCUCCAAUGUCAGUGAGUCUAUGGACACAAAGUCUGAGGAGGGUUCGUGGGACUUGGAGAGUGACUUGAAAAGUGAGGGUCAAGCAGAGAGUGAGAGAACAGAGACCUUUCUAUGUCCUCCGCAAGGCCAUGGCAUGCGACGUUCUCAAUCUCUGGUGACAGAGCUGGGCUCUGCAGGACAAGCAUGGGGGUCUGGAGAGAAAAAUAUGGGACCCAGUGAUGUUGUUAGAAAGGGAUCUUUCCAGACAGAAUUGUUCCUUACUGAAAUCGACACUGGGAAGAUGGUUACAGAAGCUAGUGGAGAGGUAGGAGGGGACUCUGAACAGAACUUUCUGCCUCAUUGGAACUCAAAAUCCUGUCCUUUUCCUCGACCCCCUGUCCUCCCUAGCUAUGCAGAAGCAGAGGAAGCCUUUUCUAGAGGAAUGAGAAGGUCUCGUUCUUUGCUCUCAGAAAUGACUCCAGGAAGACUAGACAUAGAGGCCCAGAAGAAUGAAUUGAGCAGAGAAGACUUCUUGAAAGAGAUCCGAUCAGCCGAGACCUUUCUGACCGAGAUUAUGACAAGAAAACAGGAAUCCAUUAACAGUGAAAAAGAAAUAUCCCAAAUGAAUACUCCAGAAUCACCUGAAUAUGAAUCAGUAUUCAUAAGUCCUGAUUCAAGUCAACCAGUCAUAUCUCAGACUGAAAAAUCAGUCGGUGGCACGGAUGUACGCACUGAUAACACGACAGAGGCAAUUUAUGCUCAAGUCACAAAGCGUCCAAAGAGAACUGAAAUUAAAGUUACAAUGCGCCCUGAAAUACCAGUGCUGCAGAUUGGAUCUAGUGUAACACCAGAUGUACCCAAAAUGGAACAGGGAAGCUUAGCUAGUUCACUACCUGGGGAGUUUGAGGUCACUGAUACAUUUAACUCGCAGUCCAUUUCUGAAAGUCUUUCACAGUCUAAUUCACUGUCCCAGCCUGACGGUUUUGUGUUCUCAGAGAUAAUGCCGAAAAAUGGGCUUCUUCUUGACCAAACAUCUUCUGAUAUGAAUGAAGAUUCAAUGAUUAGCAAAAACAGUCCAAAGGAGAGAGGAGCAGAGGCAAGAUUUAAAUCAGAAUCAACUGAGCUGGAGGAGGGAGUGUCCAUGUACAGUUCUAAUAUGCCUGCUUUUUCUGGGGAAGAAGUCAAAUCUAGACAGAGAGUAGACCUUGCAAGACAGUUGAGAGUCCAAUCCGUGCCAUGUCAGGGUAGUGUCACUGAAGGUACCACUGAUUUGGAGGCAGAAACGAACAACCGUCACUCUCAUAUCUCUACAAGUACAACAGGGAGCAAUGAUCAAUUGAUUGUCGGAGAGGGGAAUUGUCAAAUAACAGAUAUUCAUCCAGAUCAAACCAGACCUGAUAGCCAAAUACAAAAAUUGGGUGAUGGCAUUUUGCAUGGCUUGAAGACUAAGAAAUCUCAACAGGAUCAGGCAAAAAUAACUGUUAAUUUUGCUGAACAGUGUGAAAAUAUAGAUGUUUCUGGAAGCUCACCAGCCCCUGACAGUCUUAAUGAAAAAGUGAUUCUAAAUAUUUCACAAAGUUCCAGUGUGUCAGAUGGAGAUAAAUCUUUUUCUGACAACAUUUUGAAGAAAGUUACGUGUCCAGAGACAGAUCAAAAUAAAGAUAAUUUGGAUAUUAUUGCCAGUUCUCAGAAACAAAAUAUUGAAGAAGUUUCUAAAAUUUCGAGUGGCCUGCAAAUAGAUUGUGAGAUGCCAGUAAACAAAGUAGGGCCAGACCCUCAUUUUCAAACAGAAAGCGGAAUCAUAAAGGUAGAUGCUGAUUCUAAGGGUUCCUUGUCAUUCCUGGGAGAAAGAGGCACAGACAUGACUCCUCUACCCUUGGUUUCAGACUCUGUUUCAGACCUCUCACUCUCGGCCAAUACGCCAACAGAUUCUGCCAUAUCACCUUUGACAUCCAGUUCUUUGGAUUGCUUGACACCUGGAGACCCUUGGGGAGGAGGUGGUAGUGGGUGGAGAGCACUGGCAACUGACACCCCUCACAGAGAUUCUGCCUACUUCUCAGACAGUGAUUGGGAAGGAGAGGGUGUGGCUAGGAGGGGUGGAGAGGGAGUUAACCAGUCUCGUCCUAGUAGCAGCAGAAGUGGAGAAAGGGGAAUUCUGAUGGGAAUAGAGGAAAAGGCAGAGACAGAAGAAGAAGGAGAGAUGGAGGCCAAAACAUUGAGAAAGGAAAGCAAGACGAAGAACCAAAUGGAAGAAACAUGGAUUACAAAUGAUCAGAUAGCAUCAGGAACUGAGAAAGAAAAUGUGAGGGCAACACUAGGCCAUUGCACAGAGAAUAAGGAGAUUUCAGUGGUGACAAUGGGAACUGGUAGCGAAAUAGAAUUUCCUCUCGCUGGCGGUAGUCAUUCCGUACUCAAGGAAGUUUCCAGUCUUGUGGGGGGAAAUAAUAGUUUGAGAGAAUUAGAUCAAGUUGCAGAGAAGGAAAUGGAGAAGAAGGAAUUCACUGAAAUACUGAGCAAUCAGUGGACAAAGUGCGCAGACUCAAAUUUGAAUGUAUCUGAGCGCCAAGCACCACUCUCAGAAGAUGUACCAAAAGAAGGCAAUGCUGAGUUCAUAGCCAAGUUAUUCUCCACUUUAGACUGUGAACCGCUGAAAGGAUUCCCAUGUAAGGAUGGAAAUACACUGAACUACAGUGCAUUUUCUGAAACUGGUAGUUGUAAUGAUACAGAUGGGAUUGGGAAAGAUAUUUUUCCAAUUUCUCAUGGACAGUCAAAGGAAAUUACAUACCAAGAUCCAGUAGAUAUAGAUAAAGAUUUCAACUCCCUCUCAAAUAGUAGUACAGAGAGAGUGAGGUUUAAAGAAAUCCCAGUUAAUGAAAAACAGCCAGUAACAAAGGAAUAUGAGCUAGGAUCUGAAAAAGAAUUAAUUGAUCCUGAGUCAUGUUUAAAAUUUACAGAUCAGCAAGACAAAGAUCUGACAUCACAAGAAUACCAUACUGUACAUGAUAACAGGGAGAAAGUUGUAGAAUUGUUCUGUAAUCCUGACAACAGAGAAUCUAGACUAUGUAGGUUCUAUAAUGUGACGACCAGUGACACAAGUUCCAAGGAUGAGUUUGAUUCAGUGUUGGAGGCCAACCAUGAAGGAAGUACAGAAACAAUUAAUCUCUCCCACUCUUUCUGGGGAGAGAGGGACACUGAAACCCCUGCCAGAAAAGAGUGUCAUGACCUUGAGCCGAAGAACCAAGAUGCUAAUGAAUUAGGCUUAAGGAAUCUAUGUUAUUCAGAGGAAACUGAUGAUGAGAGAGCCAAAGCAAAAUCUGAGACUGAGAAACAGUUAGCUGCUGGGGAACUCUGUUAUAAAAUUGAGGAGAAUCUAGAUAAUGAAAAACAGGCUGAGGAAAGUGUAGGAGAAACCACAAAUGAGUUCUCAGCAAGAGCGGGUUUCAUGGACAACGUUGACAUGGAGUCGAAAGGAUUGGAGCUGAAGGCUAAGGAAUUGUGGAAUGCCAUGGAGGAAGAUGAAGAAGAAAGAGCGGGAGCUGUGAGUGGAGAGUUGGACUGCUACAGAUUUCAGAAAGGAGACCUCCAUCUGUGGCCGGCAGAAAAUGACCAGUGGGCCUCAGCUGAGACUAGAAACCAAGAGGUGGAACUAGGGGCAGAGUUAUUCUCGGGUUUCAGCAGGGAGUCAUGGGCAAACAAAGAAGAAGCAGUUUUUGGGCAUCGAUUCUGGGGGGCUGAAGAGAAUGAUGAACUUGCAGGAAGUGAGCCUCACCCUUCCGUCCAAGAAAGUGGUAAAGACAGAGCUAAUGAUGAGAGCCAAGGACAGGAAGGCAUCCUUGGUGUGGAUGAAAGCAUUCUACAGUUGCAGUCCAUGCCCACUCAGGCUUCAAGUGUAGUGAAAAACCAGAUUUCCCAUGGAGUCAAGAUACAGCAAGAGGAAAAUCUUGAAAUUCCAGAUCUGGAGACAGAGGAACAAGAAGUUAAAGAGGAAUCUCAGUUUGUGGAGGUUGAGAAUUUGGAAAACCCAGUACAACAGACUCUCAUGUGUAGGAGAAGAGAGGACAUAGGCACAGAUUCUGAGGAACAGAGCGGUGAUGACAAAUCACACAACGUGGUAUCUUUGCACAGAGGAGAUUUUGCUGAGGAGAAUCAAAACUUCAACCAAUAUGCAUUUUCAGCAGUGAUAAACAAAGAGUCAGACAUUAUUGGAGAGGAUGCAUGUGUCAGCUGUCCUCAUUCUUGUCACCACAGUGAAAACCAUGAUAUCUCCCAAAUUACACUCUCAGACUUGAAGAGAAACCAUGCAAUAGAUUGUAUGGACAACUGUCAGAUUCUGAGUGCAAGAGAUGCUGCAACUGAAGAGAGAACGAAAGAUAAUUUUUUCAAUUUGGAAGACCAAUCUGUUGAAACAGAGAAUGCAAAUUCAAACAUAGAUUGUGCUGAUAUGGAAAAUCAAGUUCUCGAUGCACAUGAACAUGAACUCUCUGGUGAGACAUUGCGACCUGUGAAUAUCGAAAGUAAACAGCCUAUUGAAAAUUUAGGUGAACAUGUAAAAAGUAAUUUCCCUGGUAUUGGCUCGCUAAAUUCUAUCUGUUUCAGUGACAGCUACAGUGUCCAAGGCAUAGUUUCCAAUCGUGAAUCAGUGAAGGAAGUAGUUUCCAGUGGGCAUCCACAUCACGAACCAAGUAUUACAGAAUCUCAAACCCAUCUGCAAGAAAAUAAGUCUAAAAGCCAGAACAGAUUUCCUUCUGAAUGUCAUGACACAGAAAUCAAGGACAUCAGUUAUAUUGGCUUAGAUUCCUCCCACACCACUCCACAGCCAUCGUCUGUGCCUGAAACCCAAGUAAAUAUAUUUUUUGAAAAUAAACAGAUCAAUUCUGCCAGCAGUGAUUCCACUUCACAAAUUGGCAAUGACUUACGAAUGUGUUCUAGUGUUGUUUCAUCCAAUGGUAAAGGAAAGCAGCAAUCCACCAUUUUAGAGGGAAUAGCAGUCUUUGAUUCAGAUAAGCCAUGUUCUGAGAGAGCACACGAUCAUAAAUCUCACGAAGAUUCUGGUCAGAGAGUCGUCCCACAGAGUCUAGACAGUUUGCCAGAGCCUGAAACAUUAUUGAUGGACAUAGUUUUGACAUCAGAGCACAAUCUUGAUGAGGGACUCAACUGCACCAUUUCUGUGUCCCUUGAAGACAGUGGUGCUCCUCCAGAGUCAUGCCAGGAUGUCACUCAGAACAAGGGCACCUCUGUAAAUCUGGAGCAUUCCCCUGUACAGACAGCUCAAUUAUCCCAUCCCACAGAUCAGCAGAAUCUCCACCAGAAUUUUAGUGUGAGCAAAAAUGAAGAAAACACCCUGUCUCAGAAAAUAUCUCUUGCCCAGUGUUCGCUGACCUCUAUCCCCGAGCUGUUGAUAUCUGAGUGGAAGGACUUAGAUGAGGAGCCUCUGGAAGAUUUUGAGAAGUUAGAGCAACUAUGUUGCAUUUCAGGGGACGAGGACACACUUGGCGAUCUGUUCUUGGACAACCUUGAAUUAUUGGAAUCCCUCAAAAAGACUCCAGAGCAAAAAUCCAGAGGCUUGGGUGAGACAGGAGCAGGUAAAGAUAAGUCUUCUACAAGGGAUGGGGAGAGGAGAAUGGACGUUGAGGGAGACUCUAAAAGUUACUUGCCUCAGUCAGACAGCACAGAUCAACUCCUGAGAGCCAGUCUGUAUCAACAACCUCAAAGUAAUCAAGAGAUUGUCCCAGGUUCUUCUUCUGUGGUCCAGUCUUCUCUUGGAGAGGAUAAACAUGGAUUAGAAGACCCAUCAUUGACUUCUCCAUGCCACAUGUCUGAAAAAAACAAGGGUCAAAGGUCACUGUCCUCCAAAAUGCCCACUAAAAAUGGCUUAAUGAUGCAGGUGUGUGAGGAGCGAUUGCAGUACUCCCUCAGUGAAAAUGUGAAGAAGAAUGUGUUAUGGGGGGCAACUGUGAGUGAGGCAGUUGUUCUUCAUCCCUGGAGUGGCCUUGUGACAGAGGAAGGAGAGAGACAAAGAGAAAAAGACGGUCAAGGAAGUGAUCACAAAGAGGAGCCCCAGCAAGCAGCCCAGCCAGAAAUACAGGAUGAGCCCUUUGUGGACAUGAGCGACCCUUUUACUCUGGCUAGGCCAGAAGCAGAGAUAACACCCCCUUUAGUGGUUGCAAACCAAGCAAUGAAAGCCAAACUCGCACGCCUCUCCCUCUCCCUGCCUCCCCUUGCACUCUCUCUCCCUCUAUCUCCAAGUCCCCGGGUAGGAUUUUGGGAGGUGGGAGAAAACAGAGAGAGAGGUGGACGAAGAAGAGGAGCAUCUACUGGAAGUGACCCUGACGAAGAGGAAGAUGAAGAGCAAGAAGAAGAUGAAGCUGCUGGGAGAGUGAUUGUUGUCACAGAAACAGAUGUUGACAGGCGUGUGGGGUUGCGGAGUUUAUUAAAAUCACCACGGGAACAAAUGGAAAGGGAGAAAGAGAGAGGAAGAAAUGUGUCUUUCUUUGAUGAUGUGACUGUCUAUCUCUUUGAUCAGGAAACACCAACCAAUGAGCUUAGCUCUGGCUCUGCGCCCUCUAGUCCAUCUCCUGCUCAAGAUGAAACAAAGACUGCCUCAUCCAUAGAGGCAUUAGGAGCAACUGGCCCUGUGGAGUCCAAGGAAAGCGAGGAUUUGUCAAUCAACCCAAAAUUGUCAGGGACUAAUCCUGUGACAUCAUCGCGCUUUACUGUAAGCCCUGCCCAUGACCCUCAUUUAGUCUGACAUGCUUUUCUUUUAAUUUCCUGAACUAAACCCCUCAAUGAAAUACUGAAAAUAUCGCUGAGGUUUAUCCUGCUGUACGCUGUUCUCAGAGUUUACUUUAAAGUGAAGGAAAGACUCCCAUUCUAGAUGUUUGAGACAUUCCAGGUUUUACCGGUUGCAGGACCUUGAAUUCGAAGCUCUGCCUGGAGCUGGAUUUAUUCGUUUCCCCUUUUUGUCACCUCAUUUGAGGUGUAUCUGCAGACACUGCAUUAACUUACUAUUUUGUGAUAUUGACAUAGAGCCUGUAGCUUAGUAAAAUCUGAAACUGAUUUAACUGCUAUGCAAUGGAAGUCUUAAAGUUCAUCUCUUUUCUCUUUCUUCUGUCUCUGCCUCCCUGUUAUUUACGGGGUUCUCUCUUUCUGACCAUUAUUAUGCCGAUGUGUAAGCUUGAACUGAAGUCAUUACACUGUAAUAUAAUUUUCAUUUGCAGUUGACCAUUAGUGUAUGUCACACAGCUGGGAGAAUGCCCAGCUAUUUGAAAGUACUCAUUGUAUAAAAAAAAAGAAAAAUGUGAAUCUUUCAUUGUGUAUACAAAAUUAUUUUAGAGUAAUUUAUUUUAGGAUUAUUUGUAGCAUGAAUGAAAAGGUCAAUAUCUGCUAUUUAUUAUUUGUUUUAUAUCUAUUUAUUCAUUUAGUUAUUUCAUGGGGCCAUGUUUAUUUAUUUAUUUAUUUAUUUAUUGUGUUUCAUAUUGUUAUAUGAUGGUACUACAUAUUUAUUUCAUAAAAAAAUGAUUUGAAAUGUCAUUCAUACAUUCAAUGACAUCCUUUUUGGUUUGUUUGAUCAUUGUUAAAUGAUAAAUAUAUUUUCAAGCUGUUUAUCUUGCCUGUAUUUCUGUCCAUCCAUCUGUAUUUAUUUGGUUGUCUUUUCAUUUUUGUUAUUUUUUUAUAUUCAUUUUAUUGUUCAGCUUAUUUUUGCCUUAUUUGCAUUUUUUUAGGUCAAAUAAAAAUAGCCCAGAACAUAUGAAGAGAUAAGUCAUAAUUCUUAAAGAUGGUCAUAUGAUGAGGAAUCAGUUAAUGUUUAUUUUCUAAUACCUACCAUUCAGCAUCUAUUUAGGUCGAACUAGCUCAUCUGUUUAGUCUGUCUCAGUGUCGAUUUAAACUUGUAUUGUUUAAUGAGGGAGUUUCAUGACAUGCUGUAAAAAAAUGGGGAAAUACAAACAACAUAAGGAAAACUGUGAAACAUUUAUUUCAUUGUUUGAUGAGAAUAAAUUGUACUGUCUUCUA